AUGGUCGGCAGGCGAGGUAUACGGCCAGGUAGGACAGCAGCCAGCAAGGGCAAGUCAAAGGCAAGACCGAGCGCAUCGCAUGGUCAGCCAAGAACUCGCCACGCCACUGUGAGCUCGGAUAACGAUGCGCCAGACGACGUGGGGACGGCAUAUGAGAGCACCGAGGACAAUGGAGAGGAGGAAGAUGUAGUCGGCCUGCCCGGCGAGAUCUGGUCGCUCAUCUUUGACCACAUCUGGGACGAAGAUGUCCAUCCUGAAGACGAUCUCUUGUUCUAUCGGAAUCGACUGAGUACCCCUCAGGACCAUGCUCAGCUCAACGUAUUGUCUGUGCUGAACUCUGCCCUCACCUACACUGCCAGACGCUCUUUCUUGCGCACCUUUGGCAUCAACUACACGCCGCCAUCAUCAGAAGCGCUUCUCCAGCUUCUCAAGACGCCCGAGGGCCACUACCUGUCUACCGCCAACGUCACACAGCUGAGACUAGAGCCUGCUCGUACCUCACGGAGCGAGCUGUCAACCUACAUCAGGCGUGUACAAAUCGAGAAACGCCGGUUCACCAGCUUUUUACACAUGCUCUGCCCUCAGACAGCGGACCUCGACGACCAGGUCCAUCGCUCGGGCAGAAUUCGCAAACUCGUCAUGACAGGCCGACCGCUCAGUGACCUUCAGGUGCCCCCCGUCUUCCGAUUGCUGAGCGCCAAGAGCCUCCACUUCAACAUCAACAAGGGCGAUCCAGGUCUGCUCACCUUGCUCAACUACCUCUGCCAUUUCGAGGCGCAGCCCACAGAGCCACUUGAGAACGAUGCCGAGCCUGGGGCGAGACAUUUUGACAAGUCAAAAGACGGCCGUUUGGCAGACGUCAUGAGUGACUAUGGCGAUCGGUGUGAUCCAUCCGUACUUGAAGAGCUCACCAUCACCGCUUGGAACGUCUGGAAAAUCGAACGCGAACUGGGCGACUUUCUGUGCAAGUCCAGAAUACGCCCACUGCGGCUCCAAUUGAAGCGUAUCUCACUCGAAUUCGACGGUCAGCUCGAUGGCGAGCAAUCGACCGAAGAGGGCAGCAUUGUCCGUUAUCUGCUCGGCUUGCUCCUCUAUCACUCACGCGAUACUCUUGAAGAACUGCGCAUCGAAGCUUGCACGACGACCGUCCUCGAUAUUGCAGCUGCCUGCCUGCAACUCUGCCACUCUUCGCUACGCGCCAUACAACUCGAGCGCAAGCUCGAACGCCAAGGCUACAUUGACUACCCUGGCUAUCGAGCGGGCACCUACUAUACCAUGGGAUACAAGGACUGGUCACGUAUUCAGGGCGGCGUUCCCCACCUUCAACGAGUCAUUCUCCGUAAUCUCACCUUGCCGACUGGUUUCAAAACACUAUUUGACGUUUCCAACCUGCAAACACCUGGCGUUUUGCGCGAACGGAAAUGA